AUGUCAGCGCAGAGAAAAGAGAGAGCAGAGGAGGAGAACAGAGAGGAGGAGAACAAGGUGGAGGAGGAGAGGAGGGACGAUGAGGAGGACUUUGAGGAGGCGAUGAGAGAGUUCGCCUCCUCCACUGCUUCCAGAAGAAAAUGCGAACCUCCCAAACUUCAAAUGAUUCCAAAAAUCCCAGAGGCGGUGGACGACUUCCUGAGGAACUUUCUCCGGAAAUUAGGGAUGAGCCGGACUCUGAGGAGCUUUGAGGCCGAGUGGUACGGCUCGGCUCAGAAACUCCAGACUGAAUCUCUGAGGAUGACUUGUGCAGGAGUGUCCUUCAUCCCUGACGCGCUCACACACAGGCAGCUCCUCCACAGCGAGCUGCAGGAGGUCCACAGAGAGACCGACCUGCUCAGAGAGGAGGUGCUGGCUGCAGGGGAGAGACUGGGGAGGAUGCAGAGGGAGGCGGAUUUCCACAGGCUGCAGUACAGACGAGUCCAGGAGGAGAAAAACAGGCUGAUAAACGACUUCAAAAAGCUGAAAAAACACCUGGAGUCAUACGAGCCGGCGCUGAAACAGCUGGACGAGAAAUACCAAACAGCUCUGAGUCAGAAAAUGCUAAUCAGUAUAGAAAAGGAGCGAGUUAAAAGCAGCAUAAAUGCACAACCGAACCAGGAAAAACCCCAAAUGAAGAAAGAAAGAAGCAUCAAAAGCGGAGACAGGCCUGAUAAAUCUCCAGAGAAAAGCAACAACAUGAGAUAUCCAAAGUUUCCUGACCCACACCUGGCUCAGGUGAGUUUUGAAACGUGUAAAAGUUCCUUCAGUCUGUCCUGCUCCGUGAGGGCUCACCAGCUCCCCAUCAGCUGCAUCGACCUGCAUCCACGAAAGAUGGUCCUCUCCUCCGCCAGUGACGACCACAGCUGGAGACUGUGGGCGCUGCCAGCCGACGGAGAGAAGGUUGGUCAGAUGGUGAUGACAGGUGAGGGUCAUUCUGAUUGGCUGUCCGGGUGCAGUUUUCACCCAGAAGGAGCAAAACUGGCGACCACAAGUGGAGACAGCACGGUGCGUCUCUGGGACUUCUCUCGUGGCUGCUGCGUGCUGAUGCUCGCCGGUCACACUCAGCCGACCUGGGGCUGCUCCUUCCACUCGUGCGGUCACCUCCUGGCGUCUUGCUCUGCCGACAGAACCAUCAAGCUGUGGGACCUGAACAGAGCGAGCUGUCACCUUACACUGCGCCGCCACACCGCCUCCGUCAACAGCGUCCGCUUCCUGCCCUUCUCUGACCUCCUCCUCGCCUGCUCCGCUGAUAAAACCCUCGCCUUGUGGGACGCCAAAGUGGGUCUCUGUGUUGCUACCUUCCAGGGUCACCAGCACCCCUGCAAUCACGCCGCUUUCAGCCUGGCAGGAGGCAUCGCCGCCUCCUGUGACACCUGCGGCGUCGUCAAGCUGUGGGACAUCAGGAAACCGUCAUCAGCAACCGCAACUGUAGAAGCUGGACAACAGGCCGCCAAUCAGGUGGCGUUCAGCCCAUCAGGGAAGACUUUAGCUGUUGCCUGCAGUGACGGUCUGGUCAGGAUGGUGGAUGUGGCUUCUCUCGUUGUGAGCAGCCUGUCGGGACACAGCGAUGGCGUGCAGAGUGUGACUUUUGACCACAAGGGGGAGACUGUGAUAUCAGCGGGGAGUGAUGGGUCGAUUAAUGUCUGGUCGUGAGGUCAUGACCAACAGGAAACCUUGACGUUAUAGAUACAACAGAAGAACUACCAAAGACUGCAGUUCCUCAAAUGGCCACUUGGGGAUGGCUCGAUGAGCGAGUCACUGCCCAUAGAGCCACAUGUUUCAUAACUCUACUGCAGGAAUAAACACAUUACUGUGGGCACAAAAAGCAGAUUUCCUGAUUUGUUACACCAUCUCUAUAUAACUCCAGUUUAAAGGAUUAACCUCAUUAAUAAUAAAUAAAUGAUCAGACAGC